AUGAAAUUGAAUUUUGAAGAGAAAAAGGAAUUUUUAGAUAACUUAAAAAAUCGAAUGUUGAAAAUAGAAAAAGUAAUAGGGGAUAUAAAAUUUUAUGAAAAUAAUAGUAAAGAACAAAUAUCAAAAGACAAUAAAAAUUGUUAUAUAAGUGAAUUAUAUGAUACUAAUGAUGAUAAAGAUAAUGAAAUAGAAAAUGAAGAAAAUAUGAAAAUUUAUGAUGAAUUAAAAUCAUGUUUAGAAAAUGUUCCCUUUGAAAACUUCAACACUAAUAAAGAAGAGUUUAUAGAAAUGAUAAAAAAGCAUAAACACAAAAAUAGUAUUUCAGUCCAUAUUUGUGCUAUCAAAUUAAUAUUACAACAAAUAUCUAAAGACUUUUUGUGUGAUAUAUAUAACCAAUAUAAUGACUUUUAUAUUUAUAUUCAUAGUAAUAACAUUGUAAAUGUAUAUAAUACGUUUGAAUAUAAAAAGAAUAUAAUUUUAUCACAUUUAGAUUUUAUGAGAAAUUAUAAUUCUAAAAUUAAAGAAAUUAUGAAAUUAAAAGAAAAUAUAAACAGCUAUAAAAUAUCAGAAACAGAAAUAUAUCUAGACAAAUUGAAUAAAAUUGAAAAUAAAAAUGAACUCCUAUUUUCAAAAAUAUCAGAAAUAAACUCUUCUCUAGAAGAAGUAGUAUAUAAAUAUGGAAUAAUGAUGCAAUUAGCCUCCCUAAUAUUUUUAAAAUAUAAAUCGAAUAUAUCUUAA